UAUCUGUGAUGUGAAACGUCUCGUUCGUUCGCUCUCUCGCUUCCAUGUUUGUUCGUGGUAAUUUCUAAUUUCAGUGAUAGAUUUUCUAGUUUAUCGUGUAAAAAUCGAUGUUUUUAACAAUAUAAUAGUGUAAUUAAUGAAAUUGUCGGCAUCACGGCCACCUCGUGAGGAUUUAUCGCCCGAGGAAAAGCUUACAUCGGCGAUAUAAUAACAGGGAGGCAGGCGAUGGCUACAAAUAGGAGCGGCGCAGCGCAGCGGCCAAACGGCGCUCCGCAGACCAAGGUGUGCCAGUUCAAGCUGGUGCUGCUGGGGGAGUCGGCCGUGGGCAAGUCCUCGCUGGUGCUCCGCUUCGUCAAGGGACAGUUCCACGAGUACCAGGAGAGCACCAUCGGGGCCGCCUUCCUCACGCAGACGGUGUGUCUCGAUGACACCACCGUCAAAUUCGAGAUUUGGGAUACUGCGGGUCAGGAAAGGUAUCACAGCCUGGCGCCCAUGUACUACAGAGGUGCGCAGGCGGCUAUCGUCGUAUAUGAUAUAACUAAUCAAGACACAUUCGGGCGCGCGAAGAACUGGGUGAAGGAGUUGCAGAGGCAGGCGUCCCCGUCGAUAGUGAUCGCCCUCGCCGGCAACAAGAGCGACCUGGCCGCCAAGCGCAUGGUGGAGUUCGAGGAGGCGCAGGCCUACGCGGACGAGAACGGGCUUCUGUUCAUGGAGACCAGCGCGAAGACCGCAAUGAACGUCAACGAUAUAUUCCUGGCCAUCGCGAACAAGUUACCAAAGAGCGAGGCGGGCGCGGCGACGGCGGGCGCGGGCGCGCGGAGACUCAACGACAACGACGCGCCGCGCGCCUCCGGCUGCUGCAAGUGAUACUCUGUACAGAAUGGUUCUCUUCGCGCUGUGCGGAGGCGGAGCGCGGGGCGCCGCUGACGAGGUCGGCCCGCGCCCCACAACACCCACCGCCGAUUCUAUUGCCAACCGUUUAAAACUAUAUACUGACAUCUGUCACUGUCAAACUGACAUUUCGCGCCCAAACCGAACGCUUGUUCGGAAAUUCAAUUUUAAAACUAUAGGUAGAAAGAAAAUAUGUCUAAAUAUUCACCGCGCAUAAUUUUCAAAUAUUGACAGCAGAAUCGGCGCAAAACCAAGAACAUUAAAACCAGCUCAUCGGCUAAGUUUUAAGCUUCUUGACGGAAACGUAAGCGGCGGCGACCCAAUAUAAUUAUAUAAAAAACACGCUAAAAUGAUAAAUAGAAUUAAACUUAUUUGUAAUUUUAAUGAGAUGUAAUAAAGAUAUAUUUAAUUUCGUUUGUAUCAUGUUAUAGGCAGUCGGCUGCACUGUUCCCAUGUAGUUUAAGGGUUACUUACGAGAUUUCGGUUUUAGCCGUAUCGUGUCGUUGCUAUUGUAAAAAUGUUGUAGCUGGCGGGAAUAUGACAACAAGAUUUAAUGUAUUUUCCACACAAAAAAUGACUAUAAUUUUACAAUAUACAACUCAUUUCGUAUUAUUAACAUAGGAAGCUAACAAAACAAUUCUGUAAUGCCCGAAUGUCACUUAGUAUUCUUGUCGUCUCUGUCUCCCCACGUGUGUCUUGACAGAGAUAACAUGAGUUUAGUGCGUGUUUAGACAUUCGAGCGUUAAACCCGACGAUAACAUUAUAAAUCGACGUCUAUUGUAUAAAAUCCUUCCGGUUGAUCAACAUAUUUCCGCCAACUACAGCCCAGUAAUAUGUCACAUAGAAGCCUUAAGCUUCGUAACUAUCAAAAUCGUGGUGAAGGUGCAUUUACAUUCGCGAUCCAUUCUCACUUCGCUUUAAUUUUACCUCCACAAUCACGCCGUGGCCAUCAAACAUAGAUUCAGGAGUGAAAUUCACUUAUUUGUUUUAUAUUUAUCAAGUAAGUUAUCAACAGCGGUCCAUAAUUGAUGGUAACAUAAUUGAUCUGAAGAGAGACAAUAAAAUCAGACAACAAAUGAGAUUAUUAGACCUAUUUAUUCGUUGUCUGAUUUUAUUGUCUCUCUUCAGAUCAAAAUGUUUGGUCAUGAUUUGUGAUUGGCUGAUUAGCUGUCAAACGUCAAAUUUGACGUUUGCGAUAGUAAUAGAACUUGGCCUAUCUAUCACGAACGAAAUUGUAACACGAAGGCGAGGAUAGAUUCAACUUUCGCUUUUGAUACAUUAUUUGAUCAUGUAUUUCUUAUGCAAUAUUCUUUCACUUGGGUUAUAGCUUUUUUCUUCCAAAAAAAAGCUUUUAAAAAUACUUAUAUUUAGCAGAAAAAUAUUUAGAAAAAUACAUGCAUGAGCCGGUCUCAUUCAAAAUCAUUGUAGCUUCGCCUCAUUCGUCGUUUCAUGGUCCUCCACAAGGUCCUAGGAUAAUUUUUUUUUCACCAAACGUUUGUCCAGCACAUUUCAAUGACAUUUAACGUAUUACACGAUUACGAACGCUCACCUGUUUAUAUAUAUUAUAUUCUUUGUGUUGAUUUUCACUCAACGUCACUGGUGAUGUGUGUGUGUAAUCGACUACAAAGAGUUCAGAAUCGUCGCGAUAUAUUUGUUUUAUUAACUAUAAUAUCCAAUGUUGCUAAAUCCAGACCAUAGACAGUCAUAUUUAUAAUUAUCACGUAAACACAUAUAACUCCACGAAAGCGUGUACAGUCCACAAAUAAACCUACUUAGGGGCUCAGGUUUGUCUGUCCUGUGUAGUUAACAGUACCAUAGCUAUCAUACUACAUAUUGAAAUGUGAAGGAACAAACGCAUUUCAAUUUAGUUCAAACAAUAUAUAGUUAUUUAAUAUUAGGUUUACACGUCUCAGUUAGGUCGUUGUAGUUAUUUAAAACACUAAUUAUUGGAUGGACAAAUUGUUCUAUGUUAUGUUUAUGUAACUGUAUAAUUAUAUAUUUUAAGCAAAAUGUAACUUGGUGGAUUUGCUUAGUGUUUCAACAUAUAUAUCAUUUGUAUCGCAUUCCAUACAGGGGUCAUAUUUGGUUUUUUUGGAAGCAUAAUCUAAACUAUUGGUAAAUAGAAAAGCAACAGUAGACGCUUCGGACUACGGCCGAGCGAUCGCCUCAAUAUAAUAUUUAUAGCUAAUAAAAUAUUUUUUAAAAGCUUAUUGAUUUUCAUAGUAUGUAAUCUCUAAAGGAAUGAUUUAUUUCGUCUGAAACGUUAACUGCAGUAAUCCUGACACAGAGCGAUGCCUGAUAUUCAUUUGUGAACCAAUCGGAUCAGGAAUCAGGAUCAAUUGUUGAUGCAUUUGGUGAGCCCAGUCUCGGAAAACUAGAAAUUGUCCAAAAAAUAUUCAUUUAAAUUCGAUUCGCGAAUACAGUUCACAAUUUUGUUAUACAUAGAUGUUAUGUAUUAUCUUGUUUAGGAAAUUGAAUGCGCCCGCUUCCGAUCAGCUGUUCAGUUAAUUGAGCAACUUAGUAUUCAUCGGUCAGUCUAAACACGGCUAGUUGACUUGGAUUUCAAAUAUUUAUUUUGAACUGAUCACUAGCUUAUCCACCGCGGGCAUACACUGUAUUGCUGACUUUUCAGACAAAGCUUAUUUUCACCCAUUUAUUCAACGCCUGCGCACAAGAAAAUAAUAAUUUAAAUCGAAAGUCUAAGUAACGCGUAAUGUCGCUAGAUUCUGCGCAGGAAAUCGCUUGACGUGAGCACAGCCUUAUUCUGGAAGCGGGCGUGUUGGUCGGUCGUUGCGAGUUCCAAUGAACGUGGCCGGACGCAACCAUAACGGCCGGCGGAGGCACGCUGACGCACGGUAACAUUGUAUGUUUUUGUAUUGUGUAAAUAUUUUGGAUUUAUUAAGAUUAUUAUAUUGAAUAAAAAAAUAUUGUAAAUGGA